CGGAUGUAAUACCGCAACUUCACUCCUAAGCUGCCAGACGCUUCGGUUGUAACCGAAUUGGAAUCGUCGUCAUUGCGCGUCUCCGCAUCCCGCCGCUGCGCUUUCACGCCGCUUUCAUCUUAUAUACGCGGGAUCGCGUGCGCCUGGGUUGACGCGGAAUAGUAGUAAGUAAUCAGUAGCUCAUUAGCUUGCCGCUGAGACAGACCCUACUUGCUCAAGAAGCUCCUCGAUCCCGCCUCUUGGCUUUGCCGGUUGAUGAACCGUGCCUUUGCCCAAAUACCACCAUGCCUGACGACUUCCCGCUCGCCGGCCUCCCGGACUGGAACAACAUCGAUGUCAUCCACCGCAAAACCCUACCGCCGCGUAGCUACUUUUUCCUCUACCCCAGCGAAGCCGAUGCACUCACAUUCGACGUCAAUCUGGCCAGGGCGAAGUGCCUCUCGGGGACAUGGAAGUUUCACCUUUCAAAAUCGCCAUUCAAUGGACCUAGGGAUUUCUACCAGGUUGGCUUUACAGAGGAAUCCACGACCACGUUCACGGACAUCCAAGUGCCGGGAAUGUGGCAGCUGCAAGGUCACGGCAAAGGCCCUCACUACACCAACUACCUGUACCCGUGGCCCGUUGACCCCCCGCACGUGUCGUACCAAGAAAAUGAGUGCGGGCGGUACCUCAAGGAGUUUUCUGUGAGCGACGCCUUUGCCGCUGACCACCAGCUUCGGCUCCGGUUUGAGGGCGUGGAUUCAGCGUUCACGGUGUGGCUCAACGGCAAGGACGUUGGGUACUCGCAGGGCGCGCGCAACCCGAGCGAAUUUGACGUGACGCAACUGGUAAAAACGGGAGACUGGGAAACAAACGUCCUAGCCGUGGAGGUGUAUCAGCGCUGCGAUGGGAGCUACCUCGAGGACCAGGACCAGUGGUGGCUGAGCGGCAUCUUUCGCGAUGUGUACCUGCACGCUUUCCCGAAGGUGCACCCUGUUGACUUCCAGGUCGUACCGGACCUUGAUGCCGAGCAUGAGGACGGGAAGCUCAGGCUCAACAUCGAGAUGAGCGAGCCAUGCUCCGUGGAGGCCAAACUGUUGGAUCGGAAGCGUCAUGAAGUACUCAAGAUGACAAGAAAGGUCGACAGAAUGGCGUGCCUUGAAAUGCCCGUCAAGACCCCGGAGAAGUGGACAGCUGAAACGCCAAAUCUGUACACACUCGUGCUCAACUUUCCAGAUGGCAGGGGCUACAGUCUGGUCCAGCGCGUUGGCUUCCGGAAGACGUCCCUUGUCGACGGCGUCUUCUGCGUCAACGGAAGUCCGGUCAAGCUUCGUGGGGUGAACCGGCAUGAGCACCACCCGGACCACGGACGCGCGGUGCCCUACGACUUCAUGCGGCGCGACCUCAUCAUCAUGAAGAACUGCGGCAUCAACGCCAUUCGCACAUGUCACCAGAUCAACGACCCGCGGCUCUACGACGUCGCAGAUGAACUGGGCCUUUGGGUUAUGGACGAAGCCGACUUAGAGUGCCAUGGCUUUGCCGCCGUGGGAGGCGACGCGGCGUCGUACACCUCCGACAACCCGGCUUGGGAGGAUCAGUACGUCGACCGAGCACGUCAGAUGGUCGCACGCGACAAGAACCACGCCUGUGUCAUCAUGUGGUCGCUUGGCAACGAGUCCUUCUACGGGCGCAAUCACCAGGCCAUGUACGAUUGCAUCAGGGGCCUCGACGACAGUCGCCUGGUGCACUACGAGGGCGACGGAGCGGCGCAGACGGUUGACAUAUUCAGCUGGAUGUAUCCCGAGGUGCGCAGCAUCGAGACCUUUGCCAAGGAGCGUGACUGGCAAAAGCCGCUCGUCGUGUGCGAGUUCCUGCACGCAAUGGGCAACUCGUCGGGGGCGGCCAAGGAGUAUGUCGAUGCCUUCUACAAGCACCCGCGUCUGAUGGGCGGCUUCGUCUGGGAAUGGGCGAACCACGGGCUGCGGACCAAGACCAAGGACGGGGUCGAGUACAUGGGCUACGGCGGGGAUUUUGGCGAUGAGCCAAACGAUGGCAACUUCAUCAUGGAUGGACUGCUCUGGUCGGAGCACACGCUCACGUCCAAUCUGGCGGAAUAUGCCAAGGCGAUUGAACCGGUUCAGACGGUAUCGCUGCACCACCACGAGCUGUCGGUGGUAAAUCGAUAUGACUUUCUCGGCCUCGAUCACCUUUCCGGGACGUGGAACAUCGUCAUCGAUGGCAAGGAUGUGUCAUCAAACGGAAGCGUAACAAUUCCGAGCGGCAUCUGGCCCCAUAGUCACGGAACUGUGACACUUGAUGGGUUCCACGAGGGCAUGCUGCGCGAAGUGGACAGAGAGGCAUACAUUCAAGUACAGUUUCGUCUCAGAGAAGCCACGAAAUCGGCCGCAGCUGGGCAUAUGGUAGCAACCGGGCAAAUUCGGGUGUCAAAGCCACUCUCCGUUGCAGCCAUCCGGUCACUGGAGCCGCCGAUGCCAAAGCCUUCCAUUGAGAAGAUUGCCGACGGACUGCUCACCGUAACCUCGGCUUCCGGAGGCUCGAUCUGGGGCGUGGACGUCGUCACCGGCAUGCUGACGAGCUUUCGCCGCGCUGAGCGGCCCGACGUGGAAUUGCUCACGCAGCCAGUCGGUCUCGGCUUCUACCGUGCCUUGACGGACAACGACCGGGGCGGACACGGAAGGCAGUGGAAGGAGCGGCGGCUACACCAGACAACGAGCCAGGUUCGGCGGAUUCAGUGGCAUAUGGCCGAUGACGGGGUCAAGGUCGAGGUGGUGGAGCGUAUCGCACCGCCAGCAGUGGCCUGGGGAGUGGACAAUGCCUGGACGUACAGCUUCCGCGGCGACUCUCUGUCCGUCCGCAUACAGGGGAAGCCCAGCGGUCUGGGCCUACCCAAGACGUUUGCGCGCAUCGGGCUAACGCUCGGCCUCGACGGCGUCGAACGAGUCCGGUGGUGGGGCCGGGGCCCCGGAGAAUCGUAUCGCGACAAGAAGCACGCACAGCUCUUUGGCAAUUGGCAGGCGGACGUGGACGACCUCUGGCUCGACUACGAAUAUCCGCAAGACGCAGGCAACAGGACCGACGCGCGAUGGGUCGAGUUCACCGGCGGCGAGAAGCGUCGCAUAUUGAGGGCCAACUUUGGAACCCUGGCCGGCGCGAGCUUCUCGGCAACGAGGUACGCGACAGCGGACGUGGACGACUGUGCACACCCGUGCGAGUUGCACGAGCGAAGACGGGAUGACGUGCUCGUUCGGCUGGACUGGGCUCACCACGGACUGGGAACUGGAUCCUGCGGUCCCUGGACGCUGCCGCAGUAUCAGCUUCGGGCGGAUAAGGAGUUUGACGUGGAGAUUCUGCUGGACUAAACCUUGUGAAUGCAGCUGCAGAGGAGCUUCAGCAGUCAGGACCGCGAGGGACGCGUUUUGCAAAGGGUGGAAGAAGGGGAACGUAUACAGUCUGCGGUGGAAUGAUGCUUCGUCAUGAUGGCUGCGAUGGCCGGUUUGCGUCUGCUGGGACAGGAUAGCCGAGCAUCCCAAGGAGGCAGCGAAACACUGCCAAGACAGACAAGCGGUCAGGCCCGGAGGCACGCACAGGUUCGACCUGACUCACUGGCGGACCAGUCUCAUUGGCGCUCUCGCUGGCUGGUCUGCAGCAGGGAUCAUGGGAUCAUGGCGGGAAACCCGGUGCGGCGUGCCCUACCGACGUGGAAGGAGUAUAACCAUGUUGAUGUACCAGUCGCGCCUCCUUGGACAAGCAGGCUUCUGCCGGCGGACAGCGCAGGUCGACGACGAGCCACCUGACCCGCGGCGACUCUUUGACGCGGGCUCAUGUCGAGCGUGUGCGAGGAUCGAGGGGCUGCGGACGACCAGGGUCCCGAUGGCGGCAAGUGAGUGCAAUUUCGCGUCUCUGGUUCUGGCCUCGUAUCGUUCUCCUUGCGUGGCGCUGUUAGAGGAGGUCGAUAUGCAGCGAUCAGCGGGCAGAGGGCCGAUGUCAGGUGACGUCAACGCCUUCGAGAUUGGUACUUUCCAUUGCGCGUCGCUCUUUGAGACAAAGAGAACUAACCGGCCGUGGCCUCAUCACGGA